GAUGACGACGAUGAUGAUGUGCAUGCUGAUGGUGUUGAAAGGUAAAUGAGGAGACACUGGAUGGAAGGGUAAUCAAUGCGGGGUGGGUGACUGCUAAUACCGAUCACACAAACACUGUAACCACCAGAGACAGAUGAGCGACAACUAAUACAACCAGUCAUCUAAAGCAGACCUGGGCAAGAGGCGGCCCGCGGGCCGGAUCCGGCCCGCCUCCUGUCUCUCACCGGCCCGCCCGCUGGCGAAGGGAUAGUGUAUAUACUAUCUAUACAGUAUUGGGUAAAACUGAGUUAACUAUAUAAGUCCGGCCCUCUAAAACCAUUCCAAUUUCUCAUGCGGCCCCUUGUGAAAAUUAAUUGCCCACCCCUGAUGUAGGCCAAUCAGCUUAUCACAUCGUUCCGAGAAUGACAUUUAGUUUUGGUUUAUUUUCUUGGUAACCUCUAAUGCAACUGUAUAAAGCAAAGAAUCAUCGAUACAAAAGUAAAACUGCUUGUCAUUUUGUGACGGUAUGACUUAAGUACCCGUGACAGUGACAGAACAAGACAGGCAGAAGAUGGCGGACAAGGAAAGUGAGCUGUACCAGCACAACCUCAAAGUUCUGAACAAUCUAGACAUUGGAGACCUGGUGGAGUUUGGGAGUAAAGUUUUCAAUCAUUGGGCCGUCUAUGUAGGUAACGGGUAUGUGAUCCACCUGGUAACAAAAGAGGAGAGAAAAAGUUUUCUCCAGGGAGUGUCGUCCCAACUGAGACGUUGUACAAGCCUCUUGGGAUCCGGUAGCAGCUCGAUGCUAUCAGACACCGCCAGCUCCACCGAGGGCUUUAUCUGGAAACAGAGGUUCUUCGAUGUAGCUGAGAAGAGAAGGGCAAAGAAAAAUAACUUGUUGGAUGGCAACUUCCCAUCAUUCGAGCCCAAGGAAAUUGUGGAUAGAGCAGAAUCCAUGCUGGACGAAAAGAGACUGGAGUCCAUGCUGUGCAUGGAGGAUGGCACAAGGCGAGAGAUGUCUAUAAAUGGUAUGAAUGGUGACAAAAUGUUUUACGAUGUAUUCAGAAACAAUUGCGAGCAUUUUGCGACCUGGUGUCGCUACGGAGUGCCCACAAGUGUGCAGGCAGAGAAGGCAGUCGAACGUCUGAAGUCUUUGGUUACUGGAGUUGGUAUUGGUGUUGGUGUUGGAGUUGCUGGAGUUGGUGUUGCUAGAGUUGCUGCGGGGGCUUUAGUUGCUGGCGGUAUGGUCGUUCUCAAGUGGAUGUUCAAGUAACUGAAGCUAUUGGAGCUACCUCCAUGGGGGAAUUCUUCCAUUGGCUCUAAAAUAUUGUUUUGGAACUAUGGACUUUAAUCAUCAUCAUCAUCAUCAUCAUCAUCACGUGCACAAAGUAUUCCUUUUAUUCAUGCAAUCUUCCGCGUGGCAAACCUAUCAUUACCAUGUUCACGACAAACUGAUGAUCGUGCCAUCCAGGGAAUCAACUGUUUCGUCUUCUAAACGAGUUUAUUUUUUGUUACACUAUGAAGAAGCUAUGAAAUAUAUUUUAAAAUGUCAGGACAUACAUCGGCUGAUUAUGAUCUUUUAAAUUAUAUUCCUUUUAAAGGUAGACGAUUCAAAUUAGAACACGUAAUGUAAAUAUUGAUAAACUUCUAAACGUGCAUCCCUGCUGAUAAGAAACUUGACCCAUGUACUGUAUAAUCUAUCACUUUUGUGGAUUUCAAAUCAGGUCAAGCAAACUAUAUGUGAAAGAUUUUCUAUUAUGUGUUUUUAUUAUGCGGUAAUUACAAUAUUUUCUCAUAUUCAAAACAUUUAUGCAAGAUAGUCAUCGAGUAGUAAACUAUGUAUUUUUUAAAAACAUUAUCAUGUUGAUUUUUUAAAAGGUCCUCUCAAUGAUGAUAGAAUAUUUCUAAGAGAAUUGGUUAUAGAUAUUACAGAAAUCGCUUCUAAUGAAGUGGGGAUGAUUUCAUUUAUUAAAGUUUAAGGCUAUUAAAUGUGAUAUUGAUUUCGUGUAAAAAUUCAGCUAAUUUGUUUGUCCAGGUGUCAUGUAGAUUAACGUUUCUCCUGCUUUGAGCACCUUCGCACCUGUUGUUCUCUAAAGAAAGGGAGAUAAUUUAUGAAAAGAUCAGUACAAAGUUUUUAAGGGACAUAAGCAAAUAAGUGACUAAUUUAUGUACUAAGUGGGAACAUUUCGGAAUAGUCGAGUGUUUCAAGUAUUUGGUGAUGGAUCGUUAUACCAAUGGGGUGAUUAUCCCAGCAGUCUCCAAAUCUCGUGCUUGUCUCCCUUGUAAUCGAGGUAUGCCUACCAGGCAGGGUUGCUCAGGACAUGAAUUUAUGACCUCUAGCGGCGUAUGGAUGUGUAUAUCAAACGUGUAAAUAACCUAAUAUGAUAUGAAUUAUCUUUAAAUAAUCAGUUGAUAAAUGAUGCUGUAGAUUACUCCUGACCUUUUGUGAUACUUGAAUGUAAAAAAGAUUAUGGUUUGAAACGAUAGUACUCUCAGGCAAACCCACCACCCUUCUUAUUUGGACAAAUACUUAAAUCUUACACGAAGGAGGUAAAAGUGGAAUGUUUGUUAGUUGCUUUCACGUGGACAUAGUUGAAGUUUUUGGAAUGUUUGUUAACGAGGAAGAUAUUAAAACGAAACGUAACGUGAGAUAACUUAUAUCUGUCCCUGAUAGAACUUAAAUUUAGCUUUUAUAUUUUGGUUGUUUGUCUUAUCCCUCCUGCCUGGAGAUUCUACAGUAUAUGAUCGAUUAUAAUCCCAAAAUAUAUUUUUAACUCAGACUGCAAGUCAAAGUGCUGCUCAGAGAAACUUCACGAUAAGAGAAAUUCUGCGACAUAUUUUGUACGGUUCUGGAGAUGGUUGUCAUCAACAGAAUUGACAUAAUUUCCCAAACAUUUUUGCACCUUUUAAAUCUGUAACAAGCAUUUUCUGAUUACCUUGUCACAAUGCUUGAACGCCAUUUAAACUGCUGAUCUGCUAAAUAAAAGCUAAUUUUAACGAU